UUUGACGCAGUGGUUUGAAUAGCUUUGUGCCUUUGUGCGACACCAUGGCGAAUGUUCAUUUACUGAUCUGUGGCUGACGGGCAUGAAACAUGAAGGCAGAGGAACGCACGUUGGUGGCAUGUUCAGAGCUCUUGGUCAAGGAGGAACCAAAAGGAUGGAGGGCUUUAGAAGGGCAAACUGCCAUCGAAGCCUUGCACCGAACCGAUGAGUGGCGCAAACAAUACCAGCUUGUGCAGGAGGAUGGUCUUGCUUUGCAAAACGCACCUCAAAGUCUUCGCGGAGGAAAUGGGGAAGCCUUUUGGCUCGGCUUCCACGACUUGACAUUGAGGUUUGUUCUGAAAGAAGAUUUCUUUUCACACCCAGGACCUUUAAAGAGCAAAUGACCAAAAAUGAAUCGUUUUAAGCAACCGUAGCCGUAGAUUGCUUGUUUGUGGUUCCAUGGUCCUGAGCGAUGGCGGAGCGCAUCCCGCGUGGCCUGGUGGUGGGCCAAGCUCCGCCCUUGCCUCCAGAGAGUCUGUCCUCAGACUACAAGCCCUUGCAAGGACAACCAGAGAAGCGGUUGGCGCGGCUGGCUGGACUCAGCCUUGAUGAACUCUGGGCAUUUUUUGACCGUGUGGACCUUCUUGGUUGGUGUCCUGGAAAAAAAGACAGGAAGUCAUACCACCAGUGGAGUGCUGGUUAUCGAAAGCACCGCUGUGAUGGCCAUCGCUUCCCGCUGUCGGUGGCCCGACUUGUGGCUGCCCGCUUGCGACGCUUCGGCCGUUUAGAACGCUACGCGGUGGUUGUUCUUUGUGGGCGCCUUGUUGCUGCCGCAUUUGCGUUGAGUUUGGACCGGUGCGUACCAUGGACAGAGGAGCAGGAUGGUGUGCGCUUUCUGGUGCUGCCGCAUCCUUCGGGUGUGUCGCACUUCUGGAAUGAUGAGGAGAGCUGGCAUCGAGCUGCCAUGGUGUUCCGCUCGGCUUUGCGUGCUGCUGGCCUCCGAGCAUGUCAGGACAACUUGCAUGAAAGCACGGUGCAAACCCAACAUCAUGAAGCCGAACUUGAUGAGGAGAACCUCGAGAGCCUUGAGACAAAGACUCAGGUUCCCAAAGUGUCUCCACCGGCUGAACCUGUGAUUCGAAGCAAAUUUUUCAACGGCUCGAGACUCUCCUGUGCUGCAAGGGGGAAGGAACUUCUUCAAGAAUCCGCUCACAACCUUUGUCCUUCCAAGCCCUCUUGAAGCUGCGGGAGGCAGCCUAAACAAGCCAGCAAUCCUAUGCUACGUUUUCAAUUGGGGUUCGUUUGAGCUCCUGCCUACACAAGCUCCCCAACCCUCCGAAU